CGCAGUAGUCAAAGCUGUGCGGAGUGUCGGGGAGGGCGGUCGCAUUACGCUCAGUGCUCUCUUCGUCGCGCGAUUCGCGGAGACGAAGGUAUAUACGCGUGUGUGUUUGUGUGUGUCCGCGGCGACCGGUCGAUGUGAAGAAGCGAAACGAGAGAACAGCACAACGAGAAACGAUGGCGCGCCGCCGUGUGAUUUGACAAGGGAGGGGAAGGAAGCGUUCGAUGGGAAAAGUGUCUCGUUAAAUAUUGUGGUGGUUCAUCCAGCGGACUUGAAGGAAUCCGCCGUGCGCAACCCUGCGUGUAAUCCUGAUAUCGGGAUUCCGCACCGUGGACCAACGUUGGAAAUUAACGAGCGGAAGUAUCAACAGAGUGGGGGAAACAAGAACUACGACGACGACGACGACGGUGGCAGUGGUGGUGACGGGGGCGGUGGCGAGGGUGUGAGACGACGAGAGGGUGAAUCGACAGAGCGGCCAAAGGAUGACGGGCGAGGACGGAAAGCGCGGUGGCGGCGCCGGCGAUGUUACAACUGGAGCAAACAUGAACGCGAACGUCACCGACAACGCCAACAAUGUUAACGCCAAUGUUAACGCCAACAUAAACGUCAGCCAGCAGAACGGAGGACCGGAAAAGGCACCCGUCGUCGGCGGCACGAAUGUGGAGACGUUACCGCGCGCCGGGAAACAGAGCGAUCCCAGUACUGCAUUUUUGCGGGCAGCUCGCGCUGGGCAACUCGAAAAGGUCUUGGAAUAUUUGGAAUCCGGAGUAGAUAUCAAUGCUUCUAACGCUAAUGGCUUGAACGCUUUGCAUCUGGCAGCUAAAGACGGCCACUUAGAUAUCGUGAGAGAACUCCUAAAUCGCGGCGCGGUCGUGGAUGCCGCUACCAAAAAGGGAAACACGGCAUUGCACAUAGCUUCUCUCGCUGGACAAGAAGAGGUUGUACAAUUGUUGGUGCAACGAAAUGCCUCGGUCAAUGCACAAUCACAAAAUGGGUUCACGCCGUUGUAUAUGGCUGCCCAGGAAAACCACGACUCUGUGGUCAAGUACCUUCUCAGCAAGGGUGCGAAUCAAACUUUGGCAACCGAGGAUGGUUUCACACCACUAGCAGUAGCUAUGCAACAGGGUCACGACAAGGUAGUGGCUGUUCUAUUAGAAAACGACACUCGUGGUAAAGUUCGACUGCCUGCUCUACACAUCGCCGCUAAGAAAGACGACUGCAAGGCAGCUGCCCUACUUUUACAAAACGACCAUAAUCCCGAUGUAACAUCGAAAAGCGGAUUUACACCGCUUCACAUAGCCGCACAUUAUGGCAACGACCGAAUCGCUUCCUUGCUUUACGAUAGAGGAGCGGAUGUUAAUUUCGCAGCAAAGCACAAUAUCACACCAAUGCAUGUGGCAGCGAAAUGGGGUAAGAUUAAAAUGGUUAAUCUCCUCAUGAGCAAGGGAGCAAACAUCGAAGCAAAAACGAGAGAUGGUUUAACUCCUCUGCACUGUGCGGCCAGAUCUGGCCACCACGAGGUAGUUGACAUUCUCAUCGAGAAGGGGGCUCCUAUAGGUUCAAAAACAAAGAACGGUCUUGCCCCGUUGCACAUGGCUUCUCAAGGGGAUCACGUCGACGCCGCGAGGAUUUUGUUGUAUCAUCGUGCACCCGUGGACGAAGUGACGGUGGACUAUUUGACCGCGCUGCAUGUAGCUGCACACUGUGGCCACGUACGUGUAGCUAAAUUACUUCUCGAUAGAAAUGCCGAUCCAAAUGCGCGAGCGCUCAACGGAUUCACUCCUCUUCAUAUCGCGUGUAAGAAGAAUCGUAUAAAAGUGGUGGAACUUCUCCUGAAGCACAAAGCUAGCAUCGAAGCUACGACUGAGUCUGGAUUAACCCCAUUACAUGUAGCGAGUUUUAUGGGAUGCAUGAAUAUCGUAAUUUAUUUAUUACAACAUGAAGCCAGUCCCGAUAUACCGACAGUAAGAGGUGAAACGCCGUUACAUUUAGCUGCUAGGGCGAACCAAACUGAUAUUAUUAGGAUACUUCUUAGGAAUGGCGCCCAAGUCGAUGCUAGAGCAAGAGAGGAACAAACACCGCUUCAUGUUGCUUCCCGCUUAGGUAACGUCGAUAUUGUGAUGUUACUGCUACAGCACGGCGCGGGCGUAGAUGCCACAACGAAGGAUUUAUAUACUCCGCUUCAUAUCGCUGCUAAAGAAGGCCAAGAGGAGGUUGCAUCCGUUUUAUUAGAAAAUAGUGCAUCGCUUACUGCAACGACCAAGAAAGGAUUCACUCCUUUGCAUUUAGCGGCCAAAUAUGGCAAUAUGAAUGUAGCUCGACUCUUAUUACAGAAAAACGCACCUGUUGACGCUCAGGGAAAAAAUGGAGUAACGCCUCUUCAUGUAGCGUCUCAUUACGAUCAUCAGAACGUAGCUUUACUUUUACUCGAUAAAGGAGCAUCUCCUCAUGCUAUGGCUAAGAAUGGCCAUACACCUUUGCAUAUCGCUGCACGCAAAAAUCAGAUGGACAUUGCAACCACUUUGCUGGAAUAUGGAGCAAAAGCUAAUGCAGAAUCAAAGGCUGGUUUCACACCGUUACAUUUAAGUGCACAAGAAGGCCAUACUGAUAUGUCAACCCUUCUUAUCGAGCAUAAAGCAGAUACAAAUCACAAAGCAAAGAAUGGCCUUACACCUCUACAUUUAUGCGCACAAGAAGAUAAAGUAAACGUCGCCUCUAUUCUCGUGAAAAAUGGCGCUCAGAUCGACGCUAAAACUAAGGCUGGAUAUACACCAUUGCAUGUGGCAUCUCAUUUUGGUCAGGCAGCCAUGGUACGAUUUCUUCUGAGAUCUGGUGCUGCUGUUGACAGUAGCACCAAUGCUGGCUAUACGCCUCUCCAUCAAGCUGCGCAACAAGGACAUACACUUGUCAUUAAUCUGUUGUUGGAGAGUAAAGCUAAACCGAACGCUGUAACUAACAAUGGACAGACUGCUCUAGAUAUUGCACAAAAACUCGGCUAUAUAAGCGUCAUUGAAACAUUAAAGGUUGUCACAGAGACUAUCAUCACAACAACUCAUACCGUUACCAUUGAAGAGAAAUACAGAGUUCAAGCACCCGAAUCUAUGCAAGAAACAUUUAUGAGCGACAGCGAAGACGAAGGGGGUGAAGAUCCAAUGCUCAGCGACCAACAGCAGUACCGAUACAUGACUGUUGAUGACAUGAAAUAUGGGGAUGACUCGAUGCGCGUAAACGUGACGGACGAUGAAAGAGAUAAUCGACAUUCCGGAGCGCCAACCAUAACAGAAAUGAUUACGAAAGAGAAUUAUCAUCGUACAAACGCGGCGAAUCUUAAGCCAGACAAUGUAGACAUCAACAGGCAUCCUGUGCAUGUCGGUGAGUCCCUAGAGUCUUUAUGCAUCUCUCUGGCAGCCCUCAGUCCCGCGCUGAAAGGACAAGGAAUGUGGAGGGACAGCUUCCUGGUUUCCUUUCUGGUGGACGCGAGAGGUGGUGCAAUGCGCGGAUGCAGGCACAGCGGCGUUCGUGUGAUUGUUCCGCCACGCAAGGCCGCAAUGCCUAUGCGUGUCACAUGCAGAUAUUUAAGGAGGGACAAACUGACCAAUCCACCACCCCUGAUGGAGGGAGAAGCGUUGGCCAGCCGCAUCCUCGAGUUGGGUCCUGUGGGUGCAAAAUUCUUAGGCCCUGUUAUCAUAGAGGUACCGCAUUUCGCGUCGCUGCGCGGAAAAGAACGGGAGAUAGUAAUUCUACGAUCGGACAAUGGGGAGACCUGGCGCGAGCACACCUUGGAAGCCAGCGAGGAGGCUGUCCAAGAUGUGCUUAACGAGAGCUUUGAGGGAGAAGAGCUAAGCCAACUAGAGGAUCUCCAAACGUCUCGCAUCGUGAGAAUACUCACUGUAGACUUCCCGCACUACUUCGCGGUAGUAUCUCGCAUCAGGCAAGAGGUCCAUGCGGUCGGUCCCGAAGGUGGUACCGUGUCGUCGUCCGCUGUACCACAAGUACAAGCUGUCUUCCCGCAAGCAGCCCUCACUAAGAAGAUCAGAGUCGGUUUGCAGGCACAUCCUAUACCGGCAGAUCUUGUAGCCAAGUUACUCGGAAAUAGAGUGGCCGUGUCGCCGAUUGUUACCGUGGAGCCGAGACGAAGAAAGUUCCACAAGCCCAUAACUUUAACUAUCCCAGUGCCACAGGCAGCCAAUAAAGGCAUGAUCAACCAGUACUCUGGGGACGCGCCAACUUUGAGACUCCUGUGCAGCAUAACUGGGGGUCAGACUCGGGCAGUCUGGGAGGAUGUCACAGGCUCGACCCCGUUAACUUUUGUGAAAGACUGCGUUUCUUUCACUACUACAGUUUCCGCUCGCUUUUGGUUGAUGGACUGCCGUAACAUCUCCGAGGCCACGAAAAUGGCCACGGAACUCUACACGCACGCGACACAUGUACCUUUUAUGGCUAAAUUCGUAGUGUUUGCAAAACGGAUAGAUCCAUUGGAAGCAAGAUUACGUGUAUUCUGUAUGACGGAUGACAAAGAGGAUAAAACUUUAGAACAUCAGGAACAUUUUACGGAAGUCGCAAAGAGUAGAGAUGUCGAGGUUUUAGAGGGCAAAACGCAAUACAUGGAAUUCUCGGGAAAUCUCGUGCCUGUACUGAAAACUGGCGAACAGCUUCAGUUGCCAUUUAGAGCUUUCAAAGAGAAUAGGGUUCCGUUCACCGCGAGAAUAAAAGAUCCAGAUGCCGCGGAUAUGAUGGGUCGAAUUAUGUUUAUGAGUGAGCCCAAAGUUCCGAGAGGUGAAUUACCGCAAACGCCGAUCUGCACGCUAAAUAUUUUGUUGCCAGAAAAGAUUUCUCCGGACACUGCAGUCUCCGAGCUGGAUUUGUUGGAACUAUCAAAGAACUACAGUUUUCUGCGCGAUGGUGGAAUAAGUAGACCAGAUGCUAUACAUAGAGCGACUAUUCGUUUAACAGACAUUGCUAAUUUAUUGGAUAAAGAUUGGGAAUCGCUAGCGGAAGAAUUAAACAUCCCGCCUAAUGAUGUAGCCUUAAUAAAACAGGAAUAUCCUGAUAAACCUGCACAACAGGCCGCUGCCAUGUUCAAAAUCUGGCAGAAUAAUGGAAAUAAAGCUACAGGAAAUACAUUAGAAAAAGCUCUCAAUAAGAUUGGACGAGAAGACAUAGUGAACAAAUGUAUCUUCAAUGUUGAGUUAGUAACUGAUGAUGUUGAAAAAGCUGUGGCGAGAGUAAGAUUGGAUCAGCCGGGAUUUGAUUCAUUAAAAGAGGAAUUGGGGCCGUCGAGAAACACAUCACUUCGCCGUGAUGCAACUAUGGACCCUAAGAUGGAUCCUGAUUAUGAAGAGCCGGAUAGAAUGAAGGACUCUGAAUCUGUCGAGGAUCUUAGUAUCACUGGAAGCACGCACGAUAAACCUAAAGAGCACAUCACAAUCACAAACGGCACUGUAUUCAACGGAACCUCGACCCCCAUCAAAGACAAAUAUGCGAGUGACGAGAAAGAGCUCGGCGACAUGAUGGCUGAUUACCUUGAGCAGAAAUGUCACGCAGCCGACACGAUGAGCAAAAAGUCGCGCGACGAACUGGACGAUUUGGAUAUAAAACGUCAGAAAGUGAUCGCCGACGCCAACAAGAUAGUCUCUGGUGUAAUAGCAGACGCAGAGAAAGAGAAGGGGAAGUUAGCGAAGGAAGGGUGGUCGGUGGUUUAUGAUGAUGUGCGGGACAGUAAAGAGGUGCGGGGUGCGGUAGGACAGACUUUAGAUAACAUACAGUUAGAUAAAGCGGCCGCCGAGCCGAAAGGUAUAGUUUCUAAAUCAGUCGCUGAACAAAUUCCUAGUGUCGAGCCACCGAUGGUUAGGCAAUAUCACGGUGAAAAACCAGAUUCCAAAGUUAGUACUUCAAAAACGACAGUUUCUGUUAGUGAUGAUCCAAAAGUAAGUCGAACGGUAGUUACUAAAACUACGAUAAUAAAACAGUUUGAUCAGACGCCGACUAAAACUACGACCACUAAAGAAACAGUAAUUACUUCACCGGAUAAGAAAGAUAUCGUUAGCGAAAAGGAGAAACAAUCUAAGGAGGGCAAGGAAGUCGACGAAAAAUUGAUUCAAAAAAGUUCAAAAACAGAAGAUUGGUCUGAUCAGAAAAAGUCAGAAGUAAAGGCGGAUAAAAGUAAAGAAAAGGAUAAAACAAAAGAUAAAGAAAAGGAUAAGGAUACUGCUGCAAAACCCACGAAAACAUCAGCCUAUGAAGAUAUUUAUAAUGUGCAUCAUCCGGCAGACAGUACGGACGAGAAAUCAGACGAAGAGACGAAGAAAACAAAAGAUAAAAGCAGUGGAAUAUUUUCGAAUAUUUUUAAAGGCUCUAAAUUAAAGAGAAGUAAAAAAGGUUCGAAGGAUACGUCCUUUGACAGUGGAGAUGAAGAAUUACCGAAGACUAUUGUAACGAAAGUUUCGGAGCAGCAGCCAGAAUAUCCUUCUAGCGAAAUAACAGAUUCGUCUUUUGAUAGUAAACUUCCAGAAAUUACUGCAGCGCCUGAUAUAAGAUUGGCUACUGUUGAAUUUUUGAAUGAUUCAAGACGUAUUGCCGCGAAUAUGCAUGUGCCUUAUGAAAGUCUUGCUAAACCAACAGAAAAAGAAGAUAAAAAAGUUGAGCCCGUUGAGAGCGACGAUGACAGCAAAGAUAAGACGGGCUUCUUCUCGAGUUUAUUUAAAAGCAAAUCUAAAAAAGAUGAUGAUGGAACAGUCAUACCAGUUAUUCAUGUAGAAAAACCGAAAGAAAGUGCAGAGCAAAUUGCAAAGAAAGAGAAAAAGAGAUUGGCAGCGCUUGCAAAGGAAAACGAAGAACUGUUAGAAAUACAAAUUAAAGAAAAGGAAGCUGAAGCAUCUAAGACUGUUGAAGUACCUAGUAGUACAAUUGAAAAGGAUAUGGAAAAAGCUGGGACAAAAGAUGUAAAAGCUGAGGUUGUCACGAGUAAAGAAGUCGAGAAGACGAUUACUGUAGCAGAUGAGCAGUCACAUGAUAAAGAUAAUAAAAAGGAAGAAGACCAAAUGAAAGAGAAGGGUGGCUUCUUUGGUAUUUUUAGAAGUCCAAAGUCUAAGGAGAAGAAACUUGGUAAAUUGAAGGACACAUCUUUCGACAGCGGCGAUGAGGAGGUUAAAAUCGUGACAGAAAAACUCUUAGACGACACACGAAAAAUUACUGAUUCUAGUGUGUUACCAGUUGCAUAUAAAAGCGAUGGUAUAAAAGUCAUUCCUGAAGAAGAGAUACAUACUUUUGUGUCGACUACUUCUUACGAUGUCGACAUUCCCGUAGACAAAAUCGGCAAAUCUUACGAUGUUGUCCAAACUACGACGAAGAUUGAGAAAACAAUUAUUCACAAAGAAAUAAACGAAAAAACAGAUGUAGAUGAUAAAGAUAAAAAAGAAGAACAAAUUGAUGCCGAGAAACUAGUUUCAGAAGUUAAAUCUGAAAUAUCUAAACCAAAGAUUUCCGAAGUGGAGACAGAAGUAAUCGAUGACAUCAAAGAAAAAAGCGGCUUUUUUGGCAUAUUUAAAAGUCCAAAAUUAAAGAGCAAGAAAAGAAGCAGAUCCCGAGAACAGAGCUCUUCGAAGGAUACUUCUUUUGAUAGCGGAGAUGAGGAAAUUCGAUUGGCAACGGCAAAACUUCUGGAAGACACGAAACAGAUGGCAGAGAAUCUACAACAUCCGGCUGGAGAAAUAUCAGAAGCAGUUACAAAAACUCCACCCAUUGAUUAUGUAGAAAUUAAGAAAUCUAUCAUUCACGAAGAUGAUAUUAUUGAAAAAGAUAAGACCAGCGGUAUUUUCAGUAUAUUUAGAAGCCCAAAACAAGCAAGGAGUAGAUCUAGGAGUAGAUCUAAAGAAAAGACUCCAUCGCUCGAGUUGCCGGACAGUGGCCUCGAGGAAUUGCGAGAAGUAACAGCAAAUUUCUUAGAGGAUUCUCGAAAUGUAGCAAAUAUCACAGGUGAAUUGCCAGAAACAGAACAUCUAAAACAUAAAGUCACAACUGAAACGAGAGAUGAAGGUGAUAAAUUGAUUACAGAUGUGAAAAAAGGUGAAGAACACAUUGUAACUGCUGUAGAAAAUGUUGGUAAAACUGCCAAAAAGGAUAAAGAUUCGAUUGACAAAAAAAUAGAAGAGAAAACACAUGAUAUCAUCGAUAGUGCUGAAGCUAUAAAAGAUAAAACAAUCAAGGAAACUAAGAAAGCAAAAGAGAAAGGAUUCUUUUCAGGAAUAUUCAAAGGCGCGAAACAUUCUGUGGAAGAAGUAUCCACCGAUGUCAAGGAAUUCUUAGACGAUACGAAGAAAGAAGCUGCCUUAGAGGAAGCAGUUUCAGAUGUAAAAGAUAAGAUAGAUAAAAUUGUAGAAGUUUCGAAAGAUGUACAGAAAGUUGUCGAUACAGCGAAAGCAGUUGAAGAGAAAGUAGAAUCAACCGUGGCUGAUAUUGCUGAAAAUAUCAAAGAUACUAAAGAUGCUACAAUUAAAGAAGUGAAAGAAGAUACAAAAUUGGUAAAAGACAAAUUAGAAACAGCCGCGGAUGUUGCUGCAGAAACUACAGAAAAAGUUAAGGAUAAAACGACGAAAGAAAUGAAAAAAGCUAAAGAAAAAACAGGUGGUUUCCUCUCUGGAAUAUUUAAAGGUGCAAAACAUGCUGUAGAAGACGCAACUGAUGAUGUGAAAGAAUUUUUGGAUGAAACGAAAAAGGAAGCUGCAUUAGAAGAAGAAUAUGCUAAAGAAAAAACGGCAACAAUUGUAAAAGAUUUGAAAGAUAAGAAGGAUGUUAUCAUCUCUGAAGUUCAAGAAACUGUGGAACAAACUGCAGACGAUGCUAAAGAUGCAAAAGCUAAAGCAAUUUCUGCUGUUCAAGAUAAGAAAGAUAAUAUUGUAGAAGAAGUCUCUAAAGAUGCUAAGAAAUUGGUUGAUAGUGCGAAAGCAAUUGGUGAAAAAGUCACAACAGAAGCGAAAAAAAUAGAUGAGAAAGUAGAAUCAACCAUAGUUGAUAUUACUCAGGAUAUUAAAGAACCUAAAGAAGCAACUAUUAAAGAAGCGAAAGAAGAUACAAAAUUGACAAAAGACAAAUUAGCAGCCACCGCUGAUGCUGUCACAGAAACUGCAGAUAAAGUUAAGGAUAAAACGACAAAAGAAGCGAAAAAAGCCAAAGACAAAACAAGUGGUUUCUUCUCUGGAAUAUUUAAAAGCGCAAAACACACUGUAGAAGAUGCAACUGACGACGUAAAAGAAUAUUUAGAUGAAACGAAAAAGGAAGCUGUAUUGGAAGAAGAACAUGUUAAAGAGAAAAUGGCGACAACUGUAAAAGAUUUAACAGAUGAAAAGAAUGAUGCCAUUUCUGAAAUACAAAAGCAAGUGGAACAAGCUACAGUCAAUGCUAAAGAUGCAAAAGAUAAAGCAGUUUCUACUACUAAAGAUAAAAAAGAUACAAUUGUAAAAGAAAUUUCUAAAGAUGCUCAGAAAGUAGCCGAUAUUACGAAAGCAGUUGAUGAGAAAGUAGAAAUAACCGUGGCUGAUAUUAUUCAAGAUGUCAAAGACACUAAAGAUGCAACGAUUAAGGAAGUUAAAGAAGAUACUAAAUUGUCAAAAGAAAAAUUAGCAGCCGCCGCUGAUGUUGUCGUAGAAAUUGCAGAUAAAGCCAAGGAAAAAACGACGAAAGAAGUCAAGAAAGCCAAAGAAAAAACAGGUGGUUUCCUCUCCGGAAUAUUUAAAGGUGCUAAGCACGCUGUAGAAGAUGCGACUGACGAUGUGAAAGAAUUUUUGGAUGAAACGAAAAAGGAAGCUGAAUUAGAAGAAGAGCAUACUAAGGAAACAGCCGCCGCAACUGUGAAAGAUUUGAAAGGUAAAGAGGAUAUUGUCAUUUCUAAAGUUAGAGAAACUAUGGAGCAAGCUGCAGCCGAUGCUAGAGACGUAAAAGAUAAAUCCGUUUCAGCUGUUAAACAAAAGAAAGAUAAAAUUAUGGAAGAUAUUUCUAAAGAUGCACAUAAAGUUGGCGAUGCAGCGAAAGCAGCUGAAGAGAAAGUAAAAUCAACCGUGACUGAUGUUGCUGAGAAUGUCAAAGAUACUAAAGAUGCUAAAAUUAAAGAAAUGAAAGAAGAUAUAAAAUUAGUGAAAGACAAAUUAGCGGCAACUGCUGAUACAGUCACAGAAACUGCAGAUAAAGCUAAGGAAAAAACGGUAAAAGAAGCGAAAAAGGCCAAAGAGAAAACAGGUGGUUUUUUCUCUGGAAUAUUUAAAAGUGCAAAACACGCUGUAGAAGAUGCAACUGACGACAUAAAAGAAUAUUUGGAUGAAACAAAAAAGGAAGCUGUAUUGGAAGAAGAACAUGUUAAAGAGAAAAUGGCGACAACUGUAAAAGAUUUAACAGAUAAAAAAGAUGCUCCCAUUUCUGAAGUUCAAAAGAAAGUGGAACAAGCUGCAGUCGAUGCCAAAGAUGCAAAUGAUGAAGCAGUUUCUACUGCUAAAGAUGAAAAAGAUAAAAUUGUAGAAGAAAUUUCUAAAGAUGCUUAUAAAGUCGAUACUACAAAAGCAGUUGGUGAGAAAAUAGAAACAACCGUGGCUGAUAUCAUUAAGGAUGUCAAAGACACUGAAAAUGCAACGAUUAAGGAAGUGAAAGAAGAUACUAAAUUAUCAAAAGAAAAAUUGGCAACCGCAGCUGAUGCUGUCGCAGAAACUGCAGAUAAAGCCAAGGAAAAAACGACGAAAGAAGUCAAAAAAGCCAAAGAAAAAACAGGUGGUUUCCUCUCUGGAAUAUUUAAAGGUGCUAAACACGCUGUAGAAGAUGCAACUGACGAUGUAAAAGAAUUUUUGGAUGAAACGAAAAAGGAAGCUGUAUUGGAAAAAGAGCGUGCUAAAGAGAAAGCCGCAACAACUGCAAAAGAAUUGAAAGAUAAAGACGUUGUAAUCUCUGAAAUUCAAGGAACUGUAGAACAAGCUGUAGCUGAUACUAAAGACGUAAUAGAUAAAUCAGUUUCAGCUGUUACAGAUAAGAAAACUGAAAUUAUGGAAGAAAUUUCUGAAGAUGCUCAAAAAAUUGUCGACACAGCAAAACCAGUUAGUACAAAAGUAGAAACACCCAUCGCAGAUGUUACUCAGGAUGUUAAAGAUAUUAAAGAGACAACUAUUAAAGAAAUAAAAGAAGAUGUAAAGUUCAUAAAAGACAAAUUAGAAACAGUCGCGGAUGCUGCUACAGAAACUGUAGAAAAAGUUAAAGAUAAAACGACAAAAGAAGCAAAGAAAGCAAAAGAAAAAACAGGUGGUUUCUUCUCCGGUAUAUUUAAAAGUUCAAAACACUCUUUAGAAGAUACAACUGAUGACGUAAAAGAGUUCUUGGAUGAAACGAAAAAAGAAGCUCUGAUAGAAAAAGAGCAUGCUAAAGAAAAAGCCGCUACAACUAUAAAAGGUUUGAAAGAUAAAAAGGAUACUAUCGUUCUUGAAAUGCAAGCGACAAUGGAGGAAACUGCAACCGAUGCUACAAUCGCCAAAGAUAAAUUAACUUUAGAUGUGCAAGAUAAGAAGGAUAAAAUAGUAGAAGAAAUUUCAAAAGAUGUUCAAAAAAUUGUUGAUACUACAGAAGCAACUAGUGAUAAAGUAAAAACAACUGUUUCGGAUGUUGCUCAGGAUGUUACAAUCAUUAAAGAUACAAUAAUUGAAGAAGCAAAAGAAGAUACUAAAUUGGGAAAAGAAAAAUUAGGAGCAACCGCGGAUGCUGUCACAGAAACUGCAGAUAAAGCUAAAGAUAAAAUGAAGAAAGAAGCAAAAAAAGUCAAAGACAAAACUAGUGGUUUCUUCUCCGGAAUAUUUAAAGGGGCAAAACAUACUGUGGAAGAUACAGCUGACGAUGUAAAAGAUUUUCUAGAUGAAACGAAAAAAGAAGCUGCAUCAGAAGAAGAACAUGCUAAAGAGAAAGCCGCCGCAGCAAUAAAAAACUUGGUAGAUACAAAAGAUGCUAUCCAGUCUACAGUUUAUGAGACCGCAGAGCAAGUUGCUACCGAUGUGAGAGACGCAAAGAAUGAAGUAAUUUCCGAUGUUAAAAAUAAAAAAGAAAAAAUUGUUGAAGACGUUUCUCAAGAUGCUCGGAAAGUUGCCGAUAGUACAAAAGCAACUGAUGAGAAAAUCACAAUGGAAACGAAAAAGAUAGGCGAGAAAAUAGAAUCAGCUGUGACCGAUGUUGUUCAGGAUGUUAAAGAUACUAAGGAUGCAACAAUUAAAGAAGUGAAACAAGAUACAAAAUUAGCAAAAGACAAAUUAACAGCAGCAGUUGAUACUGUCGCAGAAACAACAGAUAAAGCUAAAGAUAAAACAGCAAAAGAAGCGAAAAAAGUCAAAGAGAAAACUGGUGGUUUCUUCUCCGGAAUAUUUAAAGGGGCGAAGCACGCCGUAGAAGAUGUAACUGACGACGCAAAAGAAUUUUUGGAUGAGACGAGAAAAGAAGCUACAUUAGAAAAGGAGCAUAAAGAGAACGCCGCAACAACUAUAAAGGAUAUAAAAGAUAAAAAAGAUACUAUCGUAUUUGAAGUUCACGAGACUGCAGAACAAGUAGCUGCUGAUGUAAAAGAUACAGAGGAUAACAUCGUUUCGGCUGUUAAAGAUAAAAAAGAUGAAAUUGUGAAAGAAGUUUCGAAAGAUACUGGGAAAGUUGUCGUUAGUACGAAAGCAUCUGAUGAGAUCAGAACGGAAACGCAAAAGAUAGGUGAGAAAGUAGAAUCAGCUGUGCCUGAUGUUGUUAAGGACGUAAAAGAUACUAAAGAUGCUGCGAUUAAGGAAGUGAAAGAAGAUAAAAAAUUGGUAAAAGACAAAUUAGCAGCAGUUGCUGAUACUGUCGCAGAAACUGCAGAUAAAGCUAAAGAAAAAACAGCAAAAGAAGCGAAAAAAGCCAAAGAGAAAACUGGUGGUUUCUUCUCCGGGAUAUUUAAAGGAGCGAAGCACGCUGUAGAAGAUGCAGCUGAUGACGUUAAAGAAUUUUUGGAUGAAACAAAAAAGGAAGCUACAUUAGAAGAAGAGCAUGCUAAAGAGAAAGCUGCCGCAACUGUGAAAAAUUUGAAAGAUAAAAAAAAUGCUAUCGUAUCUGAAGUUCACGAGACUGCAGAGCAAGUAGCUGCCGGUGUGAAAGAUGCAAAAGAUAAGGCUGUUUCCGUUGUUAAAGAAAAAAAAGAUACAAUUGUAACUGAAAUUUCGGAAGAUGCUCGAAAAGCUGCUGAUAGUACGAAAGCAGCUGGUGAGAUAAUCACAACUGAAACGAAAAAGAUAGGUGAAAAAGUAGAAUCAGCUGUGGCCGAUGUUGUCCAGGAUGUUGAAGAUACUAAAGAUGCAACGGUUAAAGAAGUGAAAGAAGAUACAAAAUUGGUAAAAGACAAAUUAGCAGCAGCCGUUGGUGUUGUCGCAGAAACUACUGAUAAAGCUAAGGAUAAAGCGUCAAAAGAAGCAAAGAAAACCAAAGAUAAAACAAGUGGUUUCUUCUCCGGAAUAUUUAAAGGGGCAAAACAUUCUGUAGAAGAUGCAGCUGACGACGUAAAAGAAUUUUUGGAUCAGACAAAAAAGGACGCUGCAUUAGAAAAAGAACAUGCUAAAGAAGGAGCUGCAACAACUGUAAAAGAUUUAAAAGAUAAAAAGGAUGCUAUUGUAUCAGAAGUUCACGAGACUGCAGACCAAAUAGCUGCCGAUGUGAAAGACACAAAGGAUAAGGCUGUUUCCGUUGUUAAAGAAAAAAAAGAUACAAUUGUAACUGAAAUUUCGGAAGAUGCUCGGAAAGCUGCUGAUAGUACGAAAGCAGCUGGUGAGAUAAUCACAACUGAAACGAAAAAGAUAGGUGAAAAAGUAGAAUUAGCUGUGGCCGAUGUUGUUCAAGGUGUUAAAGAUACUACAGAUGCAACGAUUAAAGAAGUGAAAGAAGAUACAACAUUGGUAAAAGACAAAUUAGCAGCAACCGCUGAUGCUAUCGUGGAAACUGCAGAUAAGGCUAAAGAAAAAACGGCAAAAGAAGCGAAGAAAAUCAAAGAGAAAACAAGUGGUUUCUUUUCCGGAAUAUUUAAAGGGUCAAAGCAUUCUGUAGAAGAUGCAACUGACGACGUAAAAGAAUUUUUGGAUCAGACAAAAAAGGAAGCUGCAUUAGAAAAAGAACAUGCUAAAGAGAGAGCUGCAACAGCUGCAAAAGAUUUAAAAGAUAAAAAGGAUGCUAUUGUAUCAGAAGUUCACGAGACUGCAGACCAAAUAGCUGCCGAGGUGAAAGACACAAAGGAUAAGGCUGUUUCCGUUGUUAAAGAAAAAAAAGAUACAAUUGUAACUGAAAUUUCGGAAGAUGCUCGGAAAGCUGCUGAUAGUACGAAAGCAGCUGGUGAGAUAAUCACAACUGAAACGAAAAAGAUAGGUGAAAAAGUAGAAUCAGCUGUGGCCGAUGUUGUCCAGGAUGUUGAAGAUACUAAAGAUGCAACGGUUAAAGAAGUGAAAGAAGAUACAAAAUUGGUAAAAGACAAAUUAGCAGCAGCCGUUGGUGUUGUCGCAGAAACUACUGAUAAAGCUAAGGAUAAAGUGUCAAAAGAAGCAAAGAAAACCAAAGAUAAAACAAGUGGUUUCUUCUCCGGAAUAUUUAAAGGGUCAAAGCAUUCUGCAGAAGAUGCAGCUGACGACGUAAAAGAAUUUUUGGAUCAGACAAAAAAGGAAGCUGCAUUAGAAAAAGAACAUGCUAAAGAGAGAGCUGCAACAGCUGCAAAAGAUUUAAAAGAUAAAAAGGAUGCUAUUGUAUCAGAAGUUCACGAGACUGCAGACCAAAUAGCUGCCGAUGUGAAAGACACAAAGGAUAAGGCUGUUUCCGCUGUUAAAGAAAAAAAAGAUACAAUUGUAACUAAAAUUUCGGAAGAUGCUCGGAAAGCUGCUGAUAGUACGAAAGCAGCUGGUGAGAUAAUCACAACUGAAACGAAAAAGAUAGAUAAAAAAGUAGAAUUAGCUGUGGCCGAUGUUGUUCAAGGUGUUGAAGAUACUACAGAUGCAACGAAUAAAGAAGUAAAAGAAGAUACAACAUUGGUAAAAGACAAAUUAGCAGCAACCGUUGAUGCUAUCGCGGAAACUGCAGAUAAGGCUAAAGAAAAAACGACAAAAGAAACGAAGAAGGCCAAAGAGAAAACUAGUGGUUUCUUUUCCGGAAUAUUUAAAGGGGCGAAGCACGCUGUAGGAGAUGCAGCUGACGACGUAAAAGAAUUUUUGGAAGAAACGAAAAAGGAAGUUGCAUUAGAAGAAGAACAUGUUAAGGAGAAAGCCACCGCAACUGUGAAAGAUUUGAAAGAUAAAAAAGAUGCUAUCGUAUCUAAAGUUUACGAGACUGCAGAUCAAGUAGUUACUGAUGUGAAAGACGCAAAGGAUAAAGCUGCUAUCGCUGUCAAAGAUAAAAAAAAUAAAAUUGUAGAAGAAACUACGAAAGAUGCUCAGAAAGUGGCCGAUAGUACGAAAGCAGUUGGUGAAAAAAUUACGACAGAAACAAAGAAGUUUAGUAAGAAAAUAGAAUCAGCCAUGGUCGAUGUUGUGCAGGAUGUUAAAGAUACUAAAGAUGCAACGACGAAGGAAGUACAAGGAGAUAUGAAAUUGGUAAAAGACGAAUUAGCAGCAGUCGCUGAUGCUGUCGCAGAAACUGCUGAUAAAGCCAAGGAAAAAACGGUAAAAGAAGCGAAAAAGACCAAAGACAAAACAGGUGGUUUCUUCUCCGGCAUAUUUAAAGGAGCAAAGCACGCUGUAGAAGAUGCAUCUGAUGACGUAAAAGACUUUCUGGAAGAAACGAAAAAGGAAGCUGCAUUAGAAAGAGAACAUGCUAAAGGGGAAACCGCAACAGCUGUGAAGGAUUUACAAGAUAAAAAGGAUGCUAUCAUAUCUGAAAUUCACGAGAUCGUUGAUCAAGCAGCUGCUGAUGUGAAAGAUGAAAAGGAUAAAGCUGAUUCCGUAGUGAAAGAUAAAAGAGAAAUAAUUGUAGAAAAAAUUUCUCAAGAUGCUCGGAAAGUUACUGAUAGUAUGAAAACAGAUGGUGAAAAAAUCACAACGGAAACGACAAAGUUAGGUGAGAAAGUAGAAUUAAUUUUGAACGAUGUUGUCCCAGAUGUUAAAGAUACUAAGGCGGCAACCAUUAAAGAAGUGAAAGAGGAUACAAAAUUGGUAAAAGACAAUUUAGCAGCAGCUGCUGAUGCUGUUGCAAAUACUGCAGAUAAAUCUAAAGAAAAAACAGCAAAAGAAGCGGAAAAAGCCAAAGAGAAAACUGGUGGUUUCUUUGCCGGAAUAUUUAAAGGAGCGAAGCACGCUGUAGAAGAUGCAGCUGAUGACGUUAAAGAAUUUUUGGAUGAAACAAAAAAGGAAGCUACAUUAGAAGAAGAGCAUGCUAAAGAGAAAGCUGCCGCAACUGUGAAAAAUUUGAAAGAUAAAAAGGAUGCUAUCGUAUCUGAAGUUCACGAGACUGCAGACCAAGUAGCUGCCGAUGUGAAAGAUGCAAAAGAUAAGGCUGUUUCUGCUGUCAAAGAUAAAAUUGUAGAAGUUUCGAAAGAUGCUCAGAAAGUGGCCGAUAGCACGAAAGCAGUUGGUGAAAAAAUCACAACGGAAACGAAGAAGAUAAAUGAAAAAGUAGAAUCAGCUGUGGCCGAUGUUGUCCAGGAUGUUGAAGAUACUAAAGAUGCAACGGUUAAGGAAGUGAAAGAAGAUACAAAAUUGGUAAAAGACAAAUUAGCAGCAGCCGUUGGUGUUGUCGCAGAAACUACUGAUAAAGCUAAGGAUAAAGCGUCAAAAGAAGCAAAGAAAACCAAAGAUAAAACAAGUGGUUUCUUCUCCGGAAUAUUUAAAGGGGCAAAGCAUUCUGUAGAAGAUGCAGCUGACGACGUAAAAGAAUUUUUGGAUCAGACAAAAAAGGACGCUGCAUUAGAAAAAGAACAUGCUAAAGAGGGAGCUGCAACAACUGUAAAAGAUUUAAAAGAUAAAAAGGAUGCUAUUGUAUCAGAAGUUCACGAGACUGCAGACCAAACAGCUGCCGAUGUGAAAGACACAAAGGAUAAGGCUGUUUCCGUUGUUAAAGAAAAAAAAGAUACAAUUGUAACUGAAAUUUCGGAAGAUGCUCGGAAAGCUGCUGAUAGUACGAAAGCAGCUGGUGAGAUAAUCACAACUGAAACGAAAAAGAUAGGUGAAAAAGUAGAAUUAGCUGUGGCCGAUGUUGUUCAAGGUGUUAAAGAUACUACAGAUGCAACGAUUAAAGAAGUGAAAGAAGAUACAACAUUGGUAAAAGACAAAUUAGCAGCAACCGCUGAUGCUAUCGCGGAAACUCCAGAUAAGGCUAAGGAAAAAACGGCAAAAGAAGCAAAGAAGGCCAAAGAGAAAACUAGUGGUUUCUUUUCCGGAAUUUUUAAAGGGGCGAUGCACGCUGUAGGAGAUGCAGCUGACGACGUAAAAGAAUUUUUGGAAGAAACGAAAAAGGAAGCUGCAUUAGAAGAAGAACAUGUUAAGGAGAAAGCCACCGCAACUGUGAAAGAUUUGAAAAAUAAAAAAGAUGCUAUAGUAUCUGAAGUUCACGAGACUGUAGAUCAAGUAGUUACUGAUGUGAAAGACGCAAAGGAUAAAGCUGCUUCUGCUGUCAAAGAUAAAAAAGAUAAAAUUGUAGAAGAAACUACGAAAGAUGCUCAGAAAGUGGCCGUUAGUACGAAAGCAGCUGGUGAAAAAAUCACGACAGAAACAAAGAAGUUAAGUGAGAAAAUAGAAUCAUCCAUGGCCGAUGUUGUGCAGGAUGUUAAAGAUACUAAAGAUGCAACGACGAAGGAAGUACAAGGAGAUAUGAAAUUGGUAAAAGACGAAUUAGCAGCAGCCGCUGAUGCUGUUGCAGAAACUACUGAUAAAGCCAAGGAAAAAACGGUAAAAGAAGCAAAGAAGGUCAAAGACAAAACUGGUGGUUUCUUCUCCGGCAUAUUUAAAGGAGCUAAACACGCUGUAGAAGAUGCAUCUGACGAUAUGAAAGACUUUUUCGAAGAAACGAAAAAGGAAGCUACAUUAGAAAAAGAACAUGCUAAAGAGGGAGCUGUAACAGCUGUGAAGGAUUUAAAAGAUAAAAAGGAUGCUAUCGUAUUUGAAGUUCACGAGACUGCAGACCAAGUAGCUGCCGAUGUGAAACACGCAAAGGAUAAGGCUGUUUCCGCUGUCAAAGAUAAAAAAGAUAAAAUUGUAGCUGAAAUUUCGAAAGACACUCAGAGAGUUGCCGAUAGUACGAAAGCAGCUGGUGAGAAAAUCACUACGGAAACAAAAAAGAUAAGUGAGAAAGUAGAAUCAGCUGUGGCCGAUGGUGUUCAAGGUGUUAAAGAUACUAAAGAUGCAACAAUUAAAGAAGUGGAGGAAGAUAAAAAAUUGGUAAAAGACAAAUUAGCAGCAACCGCUGAUGCUGUUACAGAAACUGCAGACAAAGCCAAGGAUAAAACGUCAAAAGAAUUGAAGAAAGCCAAAGACAAAACAGGUGGUUUCUUCUCCGGGAUAUUUAAAGGGACGAAGCACGCUGUAGAGGAUGCAGCUGACGAUGUGAAAGAAUUUUUACAUGAAACUAAAAAGGAUGCUGCAUUGGAACAAGAGCAUAUUAAAAAAGAAGCUGCUGCUGGUCUCAAAGAUUUGAAAGAUAAAAAAGACACUGUUAUAAAAACAGUUCAAAGUGGUGAAGACAAAACUGUCACUCAUACAAAAGACACAAUAGACAAAAUAGUUUCUACAGUAAAAGAAGAUAAAAUUGUCGAGAAAGUUUCUAAAGAUACUCAACAAGCUAUCGAAACCAUAAAUGCAGCCGAUGAGAAGAUAACAACAGGAACGAAGAAAAUUGACGAUAAAAUAAAAACUACUACAGCAGAUGUUGCUCAAAACGUUACAAACAUUAAAGAUACAGCAGUUCAAGAAGUGAAAGAGGAUGCAAAAUUAUUGAAAGAAAAGUUGACAGUGGAUGUUGGAAUUUUAGCAGACGAUGCUGAAACUGCAAAAGACAAGACAAUUAAUGAAACGAAAAAAAUUAAGGAAAAGGGAUCUGGUUUUCUAUCCGGAAUUGUUAAAAGUGCAAAAUAUGCUGUUGAAAACGCGAGGGAUGACGUUAAAGAAUUUUUGGAUGAAACGAAGCACGAAGCUGAAUUAGAGGAAGCUCGUGCUAAAGAAGCAGAAACAAUUGGAUUGACGGAUACGGAAUAUACAAAAAUUUCAGUCGACAGCACUAAAAGUAUUACGAGAGACAUAACGAUUAAAGACAAAAAUGUUAAAGAUAAAAUUUCCGAGGAAGUAAGUCAAGUAGUAAAGACGACAAAAACUGUUGUUGAUAAAAAAGUAAGUGAAACGAAAAAAGGUGGUGGUAAAAUAGAAUCCAAAGCCAUAAAUGUUGCACAUGAUGUAAAAGAUAUCAAGCAAAGUGUCAGUAAAGAAACGAAGAAAGAUAUAAAAACCGUGAAGAAUAAGUUAGUAACUAGUGCCGAUGGUGUUACGGAAAAAACCAAAUCAACUAAAGAAAAGCUAGCAAAAGAUACUAAAAAAGCAAAAGAGAAAGAUUCAGGUUCAGGUUUUUUGUCUGGAGUUAUUCAGAGUGCAAAACAUACAGGAAAAGAUGUUUCCGAUGAUGUAAAGGACUUUUUGGAAUCAACGAAGCAAGAAGCAGCCGCCGAUGAAGCGCUUGUUAAAGAGGCAGCGACAGCGAGAUUGAAGAAGCUUGAACAGGAGGACAAAGCUGCUGACGAGGUUAAGGUUGCCACAGAAAAAACUGUAAAGGGUGCGAAAGAUACCAAGGAGAAGAGUCUUUCGAGUAUAAAAGGUGCAAAGGACAAAACAAUUUCUACUGUAAGAACGGCAGGAGAUAAAGUAAAACAAAGUGUAUCGCAGGCCGGUGAAAAAAUUAAAUCUACUAGCCAUGAUGCGACACAAAAAAUUAAACGUGCCAAAGACGUAGUUGCGAACGAAGCGAAAGAAGAUACACAAGCAGUCAAGAGAAAAUCAAUAACCGGCGCGAGCGCUGAUUCUACGGAUAUCGCCAAGGACAAAACCGCGAAAGAAGUUAAAAAAGCUAAGCAGAAAGCUGGUGGUUUUCUAUCGGGCAUGGCAAAGAGUGCCAAACACGCGGUAGAAGAAGUAACAGAUGACAUGAAGGAAUUCUUGGAAGAAACCAAACAGGAAGCAGUUGCUGAAGAAGUACGGGCUAAGAACGACGCUCAAUCGAAAGAUAAAUCCGCUAAAUUGUUAACUGAUGCAAAGGACAAAUCUGUCAGUGCUAUCAAAGAUACAUCAAAGAAGAAGAUUGUUCAAAAGGUGUCUAAAUCGUCACGUGAUAUGAAAAGCGCGUCACCAGAUGUAGGUUCGUCUGUUUCUAAAGAAACGGGUAAAGUAAAAAGAAUGUUAGUGACUGAAACAAGAAAAGUCGGUGAUAAAGUAGGAUCUAAGCCCAUAAAUGAGCGUGGUCAGGAGGUAGUUAUACGACAUAGUUCUGAGAUAAUUGGCAAAUCGGAGAUGUUAGACGAUGUUGAGCAUUUAACUGAAACAGUUAGGGAUAAAAAAAUAUCUCGCAUUCCACAAAAGAUUAGUCCAAACAAGGAAACGACAGCUGACGAGAUUGUUACGCUGUCAGACGAUUCAGGUUUAUGUAGAGUAGUAGAGACAGUAACUACGAUAGAGCACCCCGAACCUCGUACACGGCACUCCGUCACCACAGUCGUGACAAAGUCUGUGCGAACAACUCCACCACCACCCGGUUCACUCGCCGAGUUCACUGACAGUAGAACCGAAGAUGUAACCGAAGAGGCUGCGAGACAGGCUCAACAUUUGGCAGAACAGGCGUCGUACAGCUCGACGAAAACAGGGCAUGAUUCGGCUGAGAUUGAUGGGACUGUAGAGAGGCAUGCUACUUCUGCUCCAUCAAAGCAACCUGUUCCCGCCCCGCGUCACUCCACCACCAAGCCGUCUACCAAACCCGAGUUCCAUCUGGAACUUAGUGACGCCUCACGAAUACGUAAAACGAUCGAGCAGCCACAUAAACCGCAGGAAGCGCAAUCGCCGAACAAGAACAGUAAUCUAAAGAGCAAGAUACCCCUUAAAAUUGAUUCUUCUAUACCCCAAACAAGCGACAAUCUCGAAUCCGUUCCAUUAGAAUCCUUGAAAGAUCGUAUCACAGGUCCACAAGCGGUUUCGCGGACCGUUAAAUACGUUACCAGGGAAUACACGGACGGAGAUCUAAUCAAGGAAACAACGAAAGAAAACAGCGUAUCGCUCAAGGAUACAAUUCCAAUAAUCAAACCAGACGACGUGAUCGAAACUAUGACAAACAACAAAAUGGAAAUAACACUUCCAAUAGAAGAAAUACGACGAACAACAACUACAAUAGUGACUAGCGAUCCAUCAAUCGAUCCUGAGAAACUGGAGGAGCUUUUGAAGACAGGUGGAGUCGUUGAAACGGUAAGAACCGUGACUUUGACCUCGGAAGACGAUACUUUACAACCUAUAACUCGCGAGGAAGUUGUCAAGAGGAUAAAUCAAGUCGCUAGCGCUCUACCGAGCGAGAUCUUUGAUUUUGGCGACAAGUUCCCAGAUUCUUCUACCACUAUGAUAAAAACUGAUAAGUCUGAAUCUGAUGGUAUUGUGCAAACUAUCACCACCGUGCAACGAGUAACAAUGGAAGAAUUGCCAGAGACGGAGAGAAUCGAGAAGGUGAUAAGAACAGUGAUCUCCGGCAGUAGUGAUGGUGGCGGUGACUCAGGCGACGCGGAAGCUCGUGCUCUAAAGAAUCUCGAGGAGCGAUUAACAAAAUCUGAGAUUAGGGAGACAACUUCUUGGGUUUCAACGACGGGUGAACAAUGGGAAACGAUAACACAAUAUUCCCAAGACACGUCACCCGGCUCUGGCAACGGCGGUGCUGUUGAUGUGUUCGCCGUCAGCAACAACAAGAAUGGUCGUAGCUCGCGGCACGAUAUACACAGCGACACUGAUAGUGACGGUUCGCCACAACCUAGAAGACGAUCCCCGAGCAAGAGACGUACAUUGGGCAGUUCCAGCGGGUCGGAUGUAGCACUGCACGAAGGUGCGGAGCUGUCCCCGUUGGAGGACGACCAAGAAGCACACAAUAUGGUAUCGUCGGUUUGUUCGAGCAAUGUAAUAGAAGCGAAGACUAGGACGAAGACACCUGGUAGAGCCAGCUGCGCGUGUUGGAUGAGUAUAGCUGUUGCUGCGCUGGUGCUUCUAAUAGCGCUUAUACUUGCUCUGGAGCCACAAAUGUUUCGACGUGUCAUCUACACCUUAUCUAACAAUAUCCCGAGGCAAGCCGGCUCUCUUCUGACAAUAAGCAACUCAAGAUAAAGCUAAAGUGUAGAGGGACCAACAAUCGUGUUUUUAGUCACGUUAGGAUUGUUAGGCGAAUCGUCAUAAUCUGACUUUUUGCAACAUAGCGAGCCAUCCUUCAUGGAAACGACAACGAUCGAGGUGGAUCC